AUGAGAGUACUUGAGGUGUUUCUCUUGGCAGUGCUGGGCUGCAGUCUGGCUGGAGGGAGACUUGUGUCCAAAUGUGAACUGAAGGACCAACUGAUGAUGGCGAUUGGUCAACUGAUGGAGAAGCCUGAAAAAGGACAGAGUGUGGAGAACUUAGUCGCUAAGAUCGUCUGUCACGUGGAACAGGCGUCGGAUUUUAACACCAGUGCAGUGAAUCUGCUGACUCCUGGGAUGGAAAACUAUCCCAGUAGGGAGAAGAGGGAAGCAGGCCGUGGGGGCUUGAUUGGCCUGGCCGAGCCUGAAGACUUUUUGAUCACAAAGCGGCCCAAUACCAUGGAGCCUCCAUCAAAAUCCUGGCCCACACCACCCUCUCGUCCCACCCGCCCUCCACACCUGGCCGAGCACGAAGACCACUUAACCACAAUCUGGCCCCACUCCAGGGAGCGCCGGGGAGUCCAGCAGGCUACAUCAAACACCCGCCCUACAUUCUCCACUCAUCCCACACCACCCACCCACACUUCACCAUCAACUCAUCCCAAACCCUUCACCCGCCCCACAUUUCCCACUCACCCCACACCACCCAACCGCCCUGAACCAUCCAUCCAUCCUGAACCCAUAACCCGCCCCAGACCAUCCACCCAACCCACACCAUCCACCCGUCCCACACCAUUCACUCGCCCUCCACACCUGGGUGAGUCUAAGGACCCUAUAAUCACAUUUCAGCCCCAUGCCAGGCAGCGACGGGAUGUCACGCAUCCUCCAUCAAACAACUGGCCUACACCAUCCACCCGCCCUCCACAGCUGGUCAAGCAGGUCUCGAACCUCUACGGUCUUUUCCAGCUCAGCAGUCACCUGGUCUGCAGCAACGGCAUGACUCCAUCACCCAACAUCUGUGGGAUGGACUGCAACAACUUGAUUGAUGACGACAUAAGUGAUGACAUUAGGUGCGUGAUGAUGAUAAUCAACGAGCUUAUUGAAAAAGGUUUUGGGGCGCCCCACUGGAAGGAGUUGAGCAAAAUGAUCAGGCUCAUCUUCCAGCAAGAGUGCAGUAAUCUGGAUGCUUCUAAAUACUUUGCUGAAUGCGCUUAACUUAAAU